GAUACCUACAGAACAUCAAACAACUUGAGAAAGCUCGUUCACACGAAUAAGAAGAAGCGAAAGGCAGAUGAGGCGUUCAAGGAUGGUGAAUACGUCUAUUUAUAUGGAAUCCUACGAAGACAAUGGAAUGUUGUCUAUCUUAUGGAUGGAAUGUCUGCUAUGAGAAAUGGAACUCUUUACAACUACGGUGAAACAAUGGAAUGUUGUAAACUUUAUGGAUGGAAUGGCCAUCGCAAAAUUCUUUGUGAUGUCGAUGUUUUUUGGAAAAGAAUCGAACUGAAUAUUGAGCUGCAGAGUCAGCUACAAAAUGUAGAGGUUGAGGGUACUAGCUCGUUGAUAAGCACCUCCGCAGAGGCCCUUAAAACUGCAAUUGGAAAUAUUAAUUAUAGUGUUGGAAAUAUUAAUAAUACGUUGAAAUUAUCAGGAAAUCAGAUCGAUAACUCAACGCCUGGAUCAGUAAUUGGACGCAAGCGAACUUGCGAAAAUGAAGAAUUACCAUCAACUCCUCCGAAUAAGACUGGUGAAAAAUCACCUGCCGAGCCUAAUUUGGAAGAGAGAGCUAUGAAAUCAAAUGGCGAAGAGAUCACAGACGUUCUGGUUCGGGAUAUGUCCGAAAGAUCAUAUAUUGUUGAAUGCCUUUCACCCAUACUCCGAGCCUUCAGGAAUGCAUUCCCCGAGGUGAAGUACGAGUGGAUCGAAAAGGAUGUUAAAACAUUAAAGGAUGCGAGCGAUAUGUUCGCGAUUAACGUGAGGGCCCGUAAAACCGAUCUACUGGUUCUGAGAUUAUCAGAUGCCAUGGAAAUUUUACAUGUUGAGGUGUCCGGGCCACCUUACAAACCUGAAAAGAAACAUACAGUCGGAGAUGCCAAAAAAUUACUCAUGAUGGCCGUUUGCAACUUGUUUGAUGACACUGGUGAUUUACGAGAAUGGAUAAAUCUACCUGAUGAAGAUUUAACACCCAUAUAUAUCGGGUAUGAAACGUAA